GACUUUCAGACUGCAGAUGAGAGAGAGAGAGUCAGGAGCAGAGACAAUUUUAACUUAGACAUCCCUAAUUUAUCUCAAGCUUUUUCAAUUUGCCUUCACUGUGUAUGCUCACUGGAACAUCAGAUUGCUGUCCUUUGGAAAACAGAAUGCAACCAGGGAUCUCGAGAGAUGCCACAGCUUGAGAAAUAUUCAAAUGGUGCUCAUUUUCUUCUGGAGUACUGAGGAGAAGGAAUAAAACUCUCCAUCAAGUCCCUGCUUUUCCGGCAAUAGAUCAGAGGAUAUUGUCAUUUUCUAAAUGGAUUAUUGUUAUCAGGCAGAUUCUCCCUGAAGAAUUCAUGAUCGUACAAAGAUGAUCUAUGUAUUUAAGAGGUGAAGGUAAAGGUUUCCCCUGAUGUUAAGUCCAGUCAUGUCUGACUCUGGGGGUUGGUGCUCAUCUCCAUUUCUAAGCCGAAGAGCCGGCGUUGUCCGUAUACACCUCCAAGGUCAUGUGUCCGGCAUGACUGCAUGGAGCACCGUUACCUUCCUGCUGGAGCGGUUAUGACUGCUGGUCAUUGAGAUUUGUGAGCGCAACACUGGGAUGACAUUUCAACUCUUCCACAAUGAACUGAAGACAGCAAAAGCAACAAAGCCUAAUAAUCACCUGUGGGCCAGACCAUACAUACUGGACCACUAAGAUGUCUGCAGUUCACUUGGGACUGACCCAUAUUUUGGAUGGGAAGAUGGCAUGGCAGUCCACCACCCAGGAUUCCUCAUGGGAUCUUCCCACUGUGUAGUAGGGAAGCCCACAUCUGCUUCAUCCCAAAUCAGCCCUGCCAAAUAUCAAUUUAUAACUGCAAAGAGACUGAAUUUAAGAUUAGAAAAUUCACUCAUGGCACAUCCUUCAAUGAUAGCUAAAUGACACUCAGCAAGCUCUUCUGAUUCAGUCUAGCUGCAGAAAUGGAUCCUGUAGCAACAUGGACAGAUGGUGCAUUUUAAUUCAUUACAGACUGAAAAACAAGCAUAUUAAGACUGCUGAAUGCGGGUACUGGGGCUAGCAGUUUCUUGCAUCACUUGAGUGGAACACAAGGCUGCAUGGACAAGAAAAAAGAAGAGGCAUCGAGUGUAGCUGAACAGGAAGAGGAUCUGGAGGUAUCCCCUGUACCAGUGACUGACCUCUCCCAAAUUGAGGACAUUGGCAUAUUUGUACCUGUUUCAGGAUUUCAAAGAAGAGGUUGCUGUGCUUGGAGUUUGCAUUUCAUGGUGCUUCUGCAAACAAACCCUGCAAGUUCAGACGAAGUGCUGUAUGCCUUUCUCUUCACACUGAGAUUUACACUGAAGCGUUUGGACAAAAUGAGGUGUUUACGAAAAAGAUCUGCCGUAUCCUUUCUUGGAGUCCUUGUCAUCUGCUUGCUGUUCAUGAACUUAUACAUUGAAGAUAGCUAUGUCUUGGAUGGAGACAAGCAGUUAAUCAGAGAAUCAGCAACACAUCAAUUAAACUCAGAACGAUAUGCUCACACUUUUAAAGAUCUGUCCAAUUUCUCAGGAUCAAUAAAUGUUUCUUAUCGCUAUCUGGCUGGCACACCUUUACUAAGAAAAAGAUAUCUAACUAUUGGACUGUCGUCAGUCAAACGGAAAAAGGGGAAUUAUUUGCUGGAGACAAUCAAGUCCAUAUUUGAGCAGUCAAGUUAUGAAGAGCUGAAGGAAAUUGCUGUAGUGGUACACCUGGCUGAGUUUGACUCAGCUUGGUGUGAUGGAAUGGUUCAAGACAUUUCACAGAAAUUUGCCCAUCAUGUAAUUGCUGGGAGAUUGAUGGUGAUCCACACUCCAGAGGAGUACUACCCAGUGCUGGAUGGCCUUAAGAGAAAUUAUAAUGACCCUGAAGACCGGGUGAAAUUUCGUUCCAAGCAGAAUGUAGACUAUGCAUUCUUGCUUAAUUUCUGUGCUAACCUCUCUGAUUACUACAUGAUGUUAGAAGAUGAUGUUCGAUGUGCCAAAAACUUCUUGACUGUUGUUAAGAAAGUCAUAACUUCAAGGGAAGGAACCUACUGGGUGACAUUAGAAUUUUCCAAACUGGGCUACAUUGGGAAGCUAUACCAUUCACAUGAUCUUCCCCGGUUGGCUCAUUUUUUGCUGAUGUUCUACCAGGAAAUGCCUUGUGAUUGGCUGCUUAUACAUUUCCGUGGGCUGUUAGCUCAAAAGGAUGUGAUACGCUUCAAACCAUCUCUUUUCCAGCAUAUGGGUUAUUAUUCAUCUUACAAAGGAGCUGAGAAUAAAUUAAAAGAUGAUGACUUCGAAGAGGAUUCCUUUGAUCUUCCUGAUAACCCACCUGCCAUUCUUUAUACCAACAUGAACGUCUUUGAAAAUUAUGAGGCAAGCAAGGCAUAUAGUAGUGUUGAUGAAUAUUUUUGGGGAAAAGCACCCUCAACCGGGGAUUUCUAUGUAAUUGUCUUUGAAAAGCCUAUUAAAAUAAAUAGAAUUAAAGUUAUCACUGGGACAGAAGACCGACAAAAUGAUAUCCUUCAUCAUGGGGCCCUGGAAGUUGGGGAAAAAAUUGUUGGGGGCAAAAAAGGCAGACAAUGUACUACUUAUUUGCGACUAGGGGAGUUUAAAAAUGGCAACUUGGAAAUUACAGAUGUGGAGCACAAAGUUCUUUUUGAUAUUAACUGUAUGAGAAUACUAGUUACCAAAAGCCAAAAGGAAUGGUUGAUCAUUAGAAGUAUUAGCAUAUGGACUUCACAGCCACCAAAUCAAUAAGGGAAAUCUACAGCAGUAGGCUUGCCUUUCUUUAUUAGGGAAAUAAACACUGUUGCUUGAAUCCCAAAUGGUGCCAUUCCCUAAAAUGACUGGAUUUUCUGAUGUUUUCUCCUUUGCUACUGACAUUGACAGUCUGGGGAAUCACAAAACAAACUAAAGCAAUCUAGUUUUUACUUGUUCAGUCAGGCAAUAUACAAUGAUGAGUCUGCUGGAAUGUUUGAAUUUUAUAGGAAGUGCAAACCAGUUCUCAUCCAUCUCUCAAGUUCCAAAUCCACUUCUCUGUUGUUUUCACCAUUUCCCCUUUGGGAAGAACAGAUGCUCUAAACAAAGCAAAUGCUGUUUCAUAAUUUAAAGUUUUUAUAGGCCCAUGCCAGUAUAUUGUCAAAAGAAUUUGACUCCAUCAUAUCACAUAUAAAUUAAAAAUGUGAUGGUGGUUUGUGUUUGUACAGUGGUCGGUGGCUUGUUUUGUUUGGAGGCAGUUUUGAUCUGGAAGUCCUGUUAAUGCAGCCAGUAUUCUCUACUGUGAGCACUGUAAGAAAGCUGUGUUGAUACCCAUUGCAGCUGAAAAUACAUGUUAUAAAACUGUAAUGAUUGUUCUGUAAACCUCAAUAAGUGUAUCUAACGUUCUUGAUUUCUCAGCCAACAUAUUAUCUUUUACAGAGGUUUAUUCCUCUGAAAUGAUGCACUAAGCUAAUCUCAUAUAUCUGUUAGCUCCAAGGGACUUUCAGUUUUGCAUUACAGCAGUAUUUUUAUUUGCCUUGAUGUAUGUUGUAGAAGAUUAUUAGUGAUCUUAGAGGUGAUCUGCAAAAACAUGAAUAAUUUCUGUCAUAGUAUAUGGUGGGAACUGUUUUGUAUGUGAAAUUCCAAUUCUAAGGGCUACAGUUCUCAGCUCUUUGGGGCUGUAAUGAUAGAGAAGAGAAUAAUUUCCUCUGGUAUACCUUUUAGUAGGAACACAUAAAAUUUCCCCCAUCAAUACGCAAACUGGAAUAUUGUUAAAUUUUUUUGCUUUUCAAACUUUUCAGAAUCCUGUGAUGCAUUCCUCUGAAGACAAAAAAUACACAUAAACUGUGUAUUGGGGGAAACUAGGUUUAAAAUGCUAGAAAAUAAACCAAAACAGACUCAUAUUAAGGAAAACUGCUAACAUAAAAGUUAUAAGGAAAAAUACACACACGCAUACAUGUACAGAUUCUUUUAGAAGUGGCAAACUAAUAUGGAAAUCAGAGCAGAAAAAUAAUGGGAAGCAAAGAACUAAAAGUGAUGGUGUUAUCUAUUCAUGUGAAAUUCAUCUUUGAAAUUCCAUUAAAGAGGGGUCUUUUCCACAACACUGGAAAAUGUUGUCCACACAUCUCGAUGAAAGGAAUGCAGUUAACAAAUGAGUAUGUGAAGUGGCAUUAUCCUUACAAAUUGAACAUCAUUUUAUUUUCUUAUUUAUUACAUUCAUACAUUCAUUAUUUUAUUAUUAUAUUUUCUCUGUAAUAGAGUUCAAUGAUGUCAUAAGCUUUCACGUUUUCCAUAAUCAUGCAGUCCCAUUCAGAUAUAAUAUAGCACUAUUACUAAACUCUGGAUCUUUCAAAUAGGGUUUUCUGCUCAAAGACUCAGGUGCUCAUUUCCAGUUAUAGCACUUUUAUUAUAUACUAGCUUAGGUACCCGGCAAGGACCGGUUAAGUAAUUUGAUAACAAUAAACAUGACAAAAAUGUCAUUGUUUGUUUUUGGAUUUUAUAAAUGGUCUCAUUAAACAUGCAUAAGGACAUGGAUGGCUGCAGGUCCCAUCAUCCUAUGCCAUUUCCCCCAAACCCCACCAGUAUUUAAAGCAGACAUGGUGUGGGGAGUCUGUGUGCCAAGUUUGGCCAAGAUCCAUCAUCUGGGGGUUCACAGUAGUAUUUGGAUGUGGGUGUAUGUACUGCUAAUGCCAUAGUCCAAGGUCCCGUCCCCCCCAAAAAAAACCCACCAGUAUUUAAAGUGGGUCAUGGACUAUCUAUGUGCCAAGUUUUGUCCAGUUGGGCAUGUUGUUUAUGUGUGUCAAGUUUGGCCCAGAUCCAUCAUCAGCUGGGUUCACAGUACUCUCUGCAUGUGGGUGAACUACAACCCCCAAAAAGUCAAAGUCAAUUUACCCUCCAAACUCCACUAGUAUUCAACGUUCAGCAUGUUGGAUAUCUGUGCCAUGUUUGGUCUGGAUCCAUCGUGCUCUCGUGAUGCAAGUGAACUACAACUCCUAAAAAUUCAAAGUAAUUUUACCCCAAACCCCACCAACAUCCAAGUUGGGUAUGUGUGUCAAGUUUGGUCCAAAUUCAUCAAUAUUUGGGUUCUGGAUGUGGGUGAACUACAACUCCCAGAUAACGCCUUCUAGUAUUAUCUGUUGGUCAUGUGGGGUCUGGAUACCAAGUUUGGUCCACAUCUGUUGGUGGGAGUGUACUUUGCAGAAGGGAGAACCGUAACUCCCAUAAUCCUCUGUCAUUGCCACCAAACCCCAUUACUACUUAAAGUUGGCCAUAGAGGCAAUGUGUGCCCCAUUUGGUCCAAAUCCAUUGUCUUUUGGGUUCACAGUGCUCUCUGAAUAUAGGGUGAACUAUAACUACCACAAUCCAAGGUCAACAACCCCCCUCCCCCCCCCCCAAAAUAAAACCUCCAUUAUUUUCUUUUGGUCUUAGGGGUUCUGUGUGCCAGGUUUGGUCCAGAAUCAUCAUCAAUGGAGUUCUAAGUGCUCUCUUGAUACAGAAUGAACUACAACUCCCACCAUGCUGAGUCAGUCCCAUCAAACCCCUUCAGUAUGUUCUGUUGGUCAGGAGGGUUCUCCAUGCCAAGUGUGGUCUGAAUUCAUCAUAUAUACAUCAUAGAUAUAGAUUAACGGUGGGAUCCUGAGAUUGGUAGGUUAGAGAGGUGAUUUAGAAGUCUCAGCCAAAGAAAAUGCCUCACUAGGCUGCCACUCCCAUAAGUUGAGCCAUAGCAAUAAAAGUGGAAUAAUGGAGUAAGAACAGUAUAAAUGGGAGCCUAGACUUGAACCAAUUACAUCAUGGCUUAGACCUAUAAUCUCAGCUGACCUACCUGCUUACAUUUAUUUCCAUUCAUAUAGGCCAUAUAUGAAUUAUAUAUUAUAGGUGAUCCAUGCUGAGAUUUGUAAUACUGCCAUUGUGCCAUUGGACGUAUUCAUCCUAUUUUAGUGGGACUUUCACAAGAAAGUGUUCCUUGAUCUGUGCCCCUUGACUUACCACCAGUUAUUUAUCAGGAAAAGAGUUUAGAGCAGACAACAGUAUAUUUGUGAUAUUUCUGUGCCAAGUAUUUCCCUUCAUUUGUUCAGCUAUCCAUGCUAGUGUUUCUUUUGUUUUGGGAUAUAUUUAGAAAACAGUUCUCGGUUCUGCCAGCAAUUGGUUUUCUUUUGCUUUUUGUUAUUGUUGUGGCUGAUUAAACCACAAUUAUGGUUGAACUCACUGAGAAAUGAAAUCAUUCUGCUUGGUGAAUGACAUGGCAGGAAAUCCUUGCUUCCACAACUAUCUUCUAUAGCACACUUCUAUAAAAAUCCUCCUCCUGUUUUUCUGUUUUCAUAACAAUUUGUUAUUCUAUGAUAGCUUCCCUCCCUCCCAAAGUAGUUACAUACAUCAUGAAAACUCUUCCAUAAUAGCAUAGAUUGAUAAUGCAUUUGAUGAAUAACUCACUAAUUUACAUGUGACGAGUGUUAUCCUAGAGAUCAGUGUUUCUCAAUCUGUGGGUCCCCAGAUGUUUUGGCCUUCAACUCGCUGAAAUCCUAACAGCUGGUAAACUGGCAGGGAUUUCUGGGAGUUGUAGUCCAAAACACCUGGGGACCCACAGGUUGAGGACCACGGCUAUAGAUACGGAAGUUGGAAAAAUGAAUUAGAAGACAUAUAUGUUCUAAAACUAGUCCAAAUAAUUUAUAAAUUUUACUGCUUUAUUCCCUUACCCUGGUAAACUGUACACAAGCAGAUCAACAGAAUGGAAUAUGUCUUCUGAUAUCAAAAAUGGUGUUCCUGUGAUUCAAAUAUCUCAGAAUAUAGUCUGAUAUAGUUUUAGCCUGCUGUACGAUUAACUUUUAAUACUUUUGGAAUAUUAACCUAAGGCCACACAAAUUUUCCUUUAUAUGGUCUGAUUUCUUAGCAGUCUCACUAAAAAUAAAUUUGGAGAAGUCUGCAUCUUAAAAUCAUUUCAGUUUUUCAGAUUGUAUUAUAAGCCCUUUUUUGUGCUCUAUUACCGUUACGUUCCAACUUUCUGUUUCUGUCUUGAUCUAUUUGUCUGCUUUUUAUUUGAUUGCUCAUGUUUUCCUUUUUUCUUUUUUAAAAAGAAUUAAUUAUGCCACUCAUUGCCCUGCUUUCUUCCUGGUACAUUAAACAGCUCUGCAUUUUCCUUACCGAUGAAAGUAUAGCCAUUAUUGAAGCAAGCAAUGGAGCUCUGAUUUUGGAUGAAGAUCUGUGUGCAAAUGAAAGUCCAAUAGUGUCAAAAUGAAAGUCUAAUUUUGGUUGAAGAUAAUAUGUUGAUGGAAUAGUAUGAAUGAAAAACACCUUUGAAAUUAGAUCAUAAAUAUCUCUCUUAACUGUUUAUGAAAUAUAUUUUGUAUAUAAGUCCAUCCAAGAUAUUUUCCCAUCCUAACUGUAGUGAUAUUUCACUUUAUUGAGCUAGAAGCAGUUGUCAUUGUGCAUGAACUGUGAAAUUGGCAUUUUGGGGCCUACUGCUGGAGGUGGUCUUUAUCAUGACAAGUGAUGUCAAUUGUGACAGUGGCAGUGAUAAAUCUCCAAGGAAGCAACCAUAAAUAACUUCCAUUCCAAUAUUGAUUUAACUGACAGAAUGGAAAACUGUCUUCAUUAUUUGAAGGUUAGGGUUUUAUUGUUUAUAUUAGAGUAAAAAUAGAAGUUGUCCAGUAUUUCAACAAGUGAAACUGUGUGGCAAGGUCCAUAGGCUCUACCUAAACAUUAUGAAGGAGACACAUACUUCCUUGACUGAGAUAAAGAGAAUCUUCAUUCGGAGAUAUGGUGAAAUUCCCUGUUUAUUUAUACAACAAAAAGAUGCAUAGCUUUGUGUCCCCAGGUAGUGGCAGAUUACAUCCUCUGCCUUAUUCAUAUUCUGAUAAUGUACAAGGUGCCUAUAUGUGUUCACUUCCAGGAUUAUAGACUCCUGUCACCUUGACUGGAGUCUCUGUUAGGACUGACUGAAGACAUUUUGCUGCCUAAGGUGAAGAAAAAACUAAGGAAUUCCCUGUCCAGACACCAACUGCAACUUUCUUCAAUACAAGAAGUGGGAGAUCACACUCUGUAACCACUAAAGACUGUAUAAUGGUUAAAGGAGCAUAUACCACUUACCAUUCUGACUGGGUCUGUUGGAACUAAAAGUGCAGAACAUCUGGAAGACCAAACAUUGACAAUCAUGGGUCUAGAUUAAUAUUUAUUUAGGACUUCAUCCCACAGAACAGGUAAAGUGUUUGGGAGAGCAGGUUUUCCAUAAAGCUUCAGCAUAGUCCAUUUUGAAAAUAAAUGGAAGAUUUUCCUAUCUCCACCACACUUAAUCCUGCUCCCCACUUCCUUUAAGAUUUAUCUGUUUGAUUUGCCAUCACACAGUAAAGACUUGUUUCCUUCACCAUCCCUCCCCUGUUUUUUUAACUUCUCUCUUUCUCUGGAAUUCAACCUACAUCCCGAAAAACAACAACAUAUAUAGAGGGGUUAUUCUUUUGUUCUUACAGGAGAGAGAGAGAAAAUGAAGCUUUAGUUCUCUUAAAUCUCUCUCUGCUGGCCUUUUGAUUGACAAAAGUAGCACAGCAGGACUUUCAGGCAAGAGUUCAAAGAGAUUUUUAUGAUCUGACACAGGAAGAGGGAGCAGAAAGCUUGCAAAGGUUACAGGGACAUGAAGCACGGGAUUUGCAUGUUUGUUAUUUUCUCCUGAAUGUUGUUUGCUAUACCUCUUCAGUCCCAAAAUGAUAAUGGCAGCAGAAAAGAAUGGAUUCUGCCCAUCUUGACUCCUCCCUCCAUGAUGACAUGGUUUUAUUUAAAAACAGGCAAGGGGAGAUUCCCAUCAUAUUUUAAAUUGGGUGUUUUUACAAGUCUCUACAUAGGGAAUUGAGGUCAUUUAACAAUCAACUCAGGAAUCAUGGGGAAAACCCACACUUUAGAAGUGGCAAGAUACCUUCGCUGCACAUUUGAAAAUUGCAUCGUGUUAAGGGCACCAUCAGCAGCAGUUUCUGAAGUGUGUAGAAAUGCUUAUUUAAUUGUGUGUGAUGAAGUCAUUGGUUGCAGUCUUUCAGAAUUUGAGACAAUCAUCUUUCAUGGACCUACUUAGAGUUACCAGGGAUUGAAUCUGAUCAUAUCAUGUAAAGCAUCUGAUUUGUCCUUAUGUUCUAUGCCAUUAUGUUCCAUGAUGUUAUAGACUGUAGCUUCUGUGUGUACAUGUGUGUGUGAUCCCGGAGCAACGAAUGCAUUGGUUACAAUAAGAGAACUAUGAGGAAGGACCACACAUAAAACCAAGAGAGGAUUCACUGCCUCCACUGCAAUGAAUCUUUUGCUUGUCUUUGGUGUGAUCCAUACACGGAACAGAUGAAGAUGAAGAACUGCAACAACUACAACUUGGAGGGCUAUAAAACCCUUCAAAAUAUCCUGGGGGCAUAGGGGCAUUUUAGUUCAUCCCCCCGCCUCACUGUCCCCAGCUAUGUUCAGCCAGAAUAAAUGGGUAUCUUUUAAAUACAAGGAGUAUAUUUUGGUGUCUGGAAGGCCCUGGGGCCAACAUACAUACCUUGCCCAUCCCUGCCCUGUAACUUACAGAGCCCCACUGCUUUACACCACAUGGAUAACAUGUGCAGCCUCAUCACCGCUGGCCAGAAAACAGUAUGUACAGACUUGUGGUUUUUCACUAAGUGAUGCUGGGAGUACUGUUCAGAGUUGAGCUUGAUAAGUAACAGCUGAAUAGACCCUACAUACAAGACCAAAGCAACUGUCCAUAUCUCAAGAUUUAUGGCCAGAUCUAGAAAUUUGUUUUUCUGGUUGGUUUGUUCUUCUCCUCUCAAAGGUUUCCCUUGGAGUUUUAUUCAUUUUCCAGUACUUAGCCCAUUAAGGAAAGCACAAUAGAUUCUUCUACUGGGAUUCUUCGGAAUGUGGUGGUUAUUCGUAAUUAGAAACAUAAGUGCCAUUUGCAUAAAGUCUGUAGAAAGUUAAAUUGAAAGGAUGCCUGUACUGACCAAAUGUGCCAAGAGGGGAAGAAAAGUCAAAGAUUGUACUGUAUGUACCAGCAAGACUAUUUCAUAAGGGCAAGUUAUCCAUGUGGCUUCAAGAAGUAGCAACUCAAUAGCUUUCUUGACUCAUAAAUCCUGCUUACUUUAAAAGGUGGUUUGGCAAAGUCUAUUUAAAGUACAAUAUUCCACUAAAUCAAUGAUCUGGUGAGUAGUGCUGCAAAAUUCACUAAACUUUCUCCAAAGUUGAUUCAUUGUUGAUUCCCACCCCCUGCCCCACAUCUUCCUUAACAACCACCUAUGUCUCCAAAACCUGGAAAAAGAAGAUAUUUAAAGUACUUUCCUGACACUCAGCUUCCAACACCACUGUAUUUUUAAAUGAAAAAUGCCCACUAUGUUUAAACUAAUCAAUAUCUAAAUAUACAUUAACUGUUUACUUUUUAAAAUAAAAUUCUAUGGUCAUUGGUCAAUUUUAUGGCUAGACAUAAUGCAUAAACAUAAACACAGAGACAGUUCUUGGCUGUUAUGCAUUAGUGCUAUAUGCACAGAUGUCUAUUAUAUACAGCAAAAAGGAAAAAAGGAAAAGUAUGAUAUAUAAUAUAAUAUAAAGUAAGUUAUGUUAUAGUUCUAUACGUCUAUAGUGAUAUAGUCAUUUAUAUAUUAUGAUUGAAUCAGGUUUAAAUCAGAUUUGAGACAAUUUUGAAUUAUAUGUAUUUAUCUGUACAGUUGGAAUAUAUAAGCUGAUACUACAAUCAUAAUAUAUAAGUGACUAUAUCACUAUAGAAGUAUAAAACUAUAACAUAACUUACUUUAUAUUAUAUUAUAUACCAUACUUUUCCUUUUUUCCUUUUUGCUGUUAUGCAUUAGUGUCAAAGAACCUAAAGGGAAAACAUGAAAUAUUUAAAGUAUAUGUGGCAUAUAAGGGGAAACUGAUGUGAAGAUGUGCAUAUGUUUAAAUACACCUAUGUCAGAAAAAGAGUGCCCAAUAUUGCAAGUUGUACUAUGUCCAAUUAACAAGAUUCAUGUACAAUUUAUUGAUGAAUUCAUGUGAUCUAAAAUUGUGGAUUGUCUACAUGUGAAACAGAGAUCCUCCUUUUCAGGUCUUUGCUCUCUACAUUUAAAAAGUGUUGGCAGAGGCAUUGAAAAAGUGUGGACUCCUUAUAUGGAUUCAGAAUUGAUCUGAACAUCCACUUUAUCCUGUGUUAAAAUAGAGUAGUAGACUAAACAAGUUAAUCAACUGGUAGAAAAUGACUCAAGACGCUUUCCUGAUACCAAUAGGAAUGAAAUAUAUUAUUUUUCCAAAUAUUAUGUAAUAACCAAAAUAUAAGGGAUAUCCUCUUUAUUGUAUACCAAGUUCUCAGCUUCUUGUAAAUUGAUGAUUGAUAAUCUUGUUUGGUUAGUUCUUCAUAAUAACUUUCCAAAAUGAACAUAAAUUUUUACCUUGGAGAUAUAAAAAUGAAUAUGAGAGAUCUCUCUGGGCAAAUAAGAAAAUUUACCACUGGAACAGAAUUAAUCCUGGUGUGUGUGUGUUAAAGUAACAAGACUAAAAACCUAUUCUAUUAAAAAAGCAAUUGAAAAGAUUGUGAAGCUCUUCUUUUUGAGGGAGGAAGAAACACUUUUAAUUUUUAGAAAUAUUAUUUAGUGUGGCAUAAACUUCAACCCAAUCUUGAUGUUACAUAGGACCUCAUCACGUUGAUGUUUUUCUCCACUUCUCGGCGAUAGCGGCAUGAGCUAAAAUGCUCAAAUGAUGCAGGGCUACUUCUGGUGGGGCUCUGUGCCAAAAGUGUGCCAGAAGUGCUGAGAAGUGGAGCCCAGCAGAGUCAGGUGUACACCCAACUCCUCAUGCAAGAAGCCGGAGAGGAAGUGGGACAGCAUGGAAAUUUCAUAUUGACAAGAUAAGGAUUUCCUCUCCCCAUCAUUUUUUCUGUUUCCAAGAAAAACAGUUUUGUUUCUCUGUGAAAAUGAGAUCCAAUUGAUAGCUGAUUGCCCACAACCAUUACUAUUAUUUCUGUGUUGUGCAUUCUGAUAAUUUAAGCAUCCCCAUAUCUCUACUUGGGUAAGUAUUAUGGGGAGGAAGAAAGAAAGACCAAGUUCCCAGAAUCAUAACUCCACCAUCCAGCCCAAACUACUGAUUUCUUGUAAAUAGGAAAAGGUUAAACUUGCUCUUGCCACUGUUUUAGCAGGUGAAUCUGCUUCAUAUCCUAUGAUUGCUGGUACAUUAGUGCCCAUUACCUUCCAACCCAUGCCUAAAAGCAUAAUUAUGUGCCUCCUAUUCCCAGUGCAUCAUGUUCUAUAGGGUGCUUCCCCCAAAACAAGAUUGGUUGAUAGUGCAUUAUUUACACAAUAUAAUAGUUCCUUUGAAAAGCAAUUGCCAUAGUUACUGUUAUAGUUCCAAGUUAUCCGAAGUAUGCAAAAAUCUUUUUCUUUGCAUUAUCUGUCACAUCUUACGGAUUCUUGGUGGAAGUAGAAGCACUCAUGGAAGGUUGGGAAAUCUGAAGUAGUCUGUGUCAACCAUAAUAUUGACAACUAUGACAUUUUUUUCCACAUAAUUACUUCCAUCCGCAGAAAAUAAGAGAAAUCACAUUCCCCAUGGAUGAUCUCAUGCAUCCUCAAAACAUGCCCUGGGGAAGCAAAAAUACCCCUGAAGAUGUGAAAGUGCACAGGAAGCUUCAAGGAUAAAGGGGGAGGGAGAUAUAUUGCACAAGCAGUUAGGUGCAACCUCAUCAUUAGAUUCAGGCAACAGUUUGCUCAUACUUAAGGUCACUACCCAAAGCACUAUGAGGUUUCAUGUUCCAUGCAAUUUCAUCAUCUCUUUUGGUUUGAAUCACGCUUUGUUCAGUGAAGUGGCUACAGAAAAUAUCCUCCAUUUUUGAAACAAUUUUCAUAUGGACUUAAAUUCAACCCUUUGCUUGUGGAUUACUACCUAUAGAACAGAUCUUCUCCCUCUCCUUUCCCUCUGCUUCAACCCUACCUGUCAACAAAAAGGAGAGAGAGAAGGGGGGGAGGAAGAAAGCCCCUGCUUCAAAGGGUUUCCAAUCCCUCCAGGAUAGAUUUUAAGGGUAAACAGGAGAGUGAAAAGAAAGAAGGACAAGUUGUUCUACAAAUAGAACAACCCAGUUGGGUCUUGACCAAAGAAUUCAAAUUCACAUCUGAUUAUCUGGAAAUACAUAAAAACGGGGCCAACAUUAGAUACAGCUUAUAUUUUAAAAUGAGGACCAUUUUUUCUGGUCUGUCAGCAUUUGGAGUUGGCUGCAAUAGUAUUUUAACUCAGACCUAAAAAUGUACCCUGGUUAGUUUCAGCCAUGCAGAAGUGUCCCUACUGGUAAUUUUACAUUGGCAAGUCAAGCACAGGAAGUGAUUUUUCUUCGUUCUCUGAAUAGACCCUUUAAAAUGGCUCUCUUCAGAAGUUCAGUUCAUUUUCAAAGAGAGGAUUUUUUUUCCCAUGAAAAAGUAGAGCCAAGAGCCAAGGUGCGGUUAUUUCAGAUCACUGCUUCUGCUUCUGUAAACAUUCCUGUGUUCUGUUUGUUUUUCAGUAAAGAAGUUUCUCUUGGACUGAAAACCUUUAUGAAAUUAGAAAAGAAAAACUAGGCAAAUGUCACAGAACCACGUUUUUUUUCCAAAUUACUUUUUAGAAGGAAAAUAAUUAAAGCGUAAUCUCUUUCUCCCAGUUGGAAAUAUUUAUCUCUGAAGAGGGAUACCGUUUUUUGAAAAAUACAUUGUGAAGAAGAAGAAGAAGAAGAAGAAGAAGAAGAAGAAGAAGAGGAAGAAGAAGAGGAGGAGGAGGAGGAGGAGGAGGAGGAGGAGGAGGAAGAAGAAGAAGAAGAAGAAGAAGAAGAAGAAGAAGAAGAAGAAGCAGCAGCAGCAGCAGCAGCAGCAGCAGCAGCAGCAGCAGCAGCAGCAGCAGCAGCUUUAUUUAUACCCCACCUUUUCUCCCCAAUGGGACUCAGGGCAGCUAUACUAGGGCUUCUCCCUUUCAGAACACCAGGAUUUCAAGAUUUUUAGGUAUCACUUUGUGCAUACCUCCAUUUAUGUUGAUGAAACACAAUUCUUUGUUCAAAAAAAUACUAUUCAGUGUCCAAAAGGAAUAAAUGGUAAAGGUUUAAACCACAGGAAAUGAUGCACUAAGAGCCAGUUUGGUUAUGAAUGUUGGCUAUCUGAGUUAGAAGUGUUUGCUACAACUAAAAUGGACACUACAGAAUAUAAACAAAUCAAACAUUUUCAAAAUGUAUUGCUGGCCAUAAUUUCUCACAAAAAUUCUACUGAAAAUUCAGUAAGAUGAUAAAGAAAAUUAGAGGAAGUUAUAUGUAAAGAAAAUAACUUGUGUAUUUUUCUCUGUGGACACUUUAGGAUGUUUGAACACCAGAAGAAAACUUCACAACAUUCUAUUAUUCUCCCUGUUUUUUUUGAGUCGGGAAUGCACAAUUCAAAUAUUCUUUCCAUCCUAUUUUGGGUUGCAUUGUGAGACAGAAAAGAUGCAAGUAGAAAAUGACAGGCUUAGGACAUCUUUUUUCCCUAUGACAAAUGCCAUUGUCCCUACAGUCCAUAGAGAUGCAUCUUCCCUUACUAGCUAUUUUUGAACAGGUUUUUUUUGCUUAAACAAAAAAAGCCAAAGGAACUGACCUUUCAGUUCAGAAACAAUUAUUUUCUAAUUAAUUUAAUGCAUAGUUGAAAAAAUUCCAUUGUGCAAAUGAAGCCAUUUUGUAUUAUUUCGUUCCUAUCUAAUGAAUGUGCAUUGCCUCAUUGGAAAGAACAUCCAUCAUGAUGGCUUAUCCCCUGGGUGAAAAGAACAAGUAGCACUUGCUAUCACAUCACUCCAGCAUCUGGCAUGAAGAAUCAGCCUUCAUCAAUCACCCCAUAGUGGCUGCAGGGCCUCAAGUGUAUAGGAAUGCAAACCCAUGAAGCCUAAAAAGAAAAUAGAAUGCCAGAGAUUAUGGAAACAGGCCCAAAAGAGAUCAAACACUAUUUUUAUGUGGAGUCAUUUGCUGUAGGGGAAUUUCAUUGAAACACAUUUCCUGCUAUCAGUGUCUGAUAGGUUAUCAAGCAUCACCUUCAUUGUUUUGGAAGCCAAAAGGCUUAGAGAAUAAAUAACAUGCUAGCAAAAGGACAAAUAAUCCAAAUUUAAUGGUUGGCAUUUUGAUAUUACCAUGUGCUAUUUGGAACAGGGGUAACACCUAGUGGCUGCUAGAAUUUUUGCUGGCUUCAGAAAUGAUGCAGACUUUUGAGUUGCAGAUACAAUGUUCAAUUAAUAUUCACCAUAAAACUCAAAGGCCCUCAGCUCCCUGUAUUCACAUAUCACAUAUGUCUUCUCUUUACACUUUAAGGUCUCAAAGACAGAAUUCAUAAAGAUAAGCAUGAACAUGUAAUGAUCAUAUUCAAUAUUAUUUCAUGUGUGUUCUCAAGCAUAAUGUAAUCUACAUACAGUAUAUAAUCCAUAUCAUUUUUGAAAUGGGCAAUUCCUUUUUUUUCUUUUUCUGUCAGCAUGGUAAAAAUAAUUAACAUGGAAAUGCAUUGGAUUUAUUUUUAAUAAUAAUAAUAAUAAUAAUAAUAAUAAUAAUAAUAAUAAUAAUAAUAAUAAUAAUAAAACCACUAUAUUUCUAGACUGCCCUCUCUCCCCAGAGAGACUCAGGGCGGUUAACAUACAUAAAAACGGCAAACAUGUCACAACUACUUCACUUAAUAUCAAAAGUAUAAAAUGACGAUAAUAUAUUCAUUAUAAUAAAAAUUCCAAAUUAGAAAGAACAAUCAAUUUAAACAUGACACUCAGUAAAAACAUUAUUUCACAGAGCGAACGUAUACCUGGAAUGAAUUAAAUGACCAUGUUUCAGAAAAAGUUCAGUAUUUGUUUCACUUAUUUAUUUAUUUAUUUAUUUACAGUAUUUAUAUUCCGCCCUUCUCACCCCGAAGGGGACUCAGGGCGGAUCACAUUAUAACACACAUAGGGCAAACAUUCAAUGCCCAUAAACACUUAGACCAUAGCUGCUAUAAAUUUUAGUAUAAUUAUAUCGGAAAUGCAACAGCAGAUAUUAUUUAAAGAGUACAUUUGUCUUAGGAAGAGCAGCAGUCAUAGGAUGAAUGAAUGUUUUAAUGACCUAAAUAUCUUCACUUGUCUUAUCCACCUAUCUUAACCUCUCUAAGCAUGAAUGUAGGAUUAAUGCAAUUUGAUAUCACUUUAACUGCCAUGGCUCAAUUUUUUGAAAUCCUGGGAGUUGUAGUCUGGUGAGGCAUCAGCACUCCUUUGGUGGGGAAAGAACAUGUAGAACUAUAACUCCCAUGAUUUCAUAGCAUCGAGAGCACACGUUGAUAUUGCUGGUCAAGAAAAAUGUUUCUAAUCUAUUGCCUGGGUUGCCAUAUCAUAAGAACAUGAGUCAGGUCUUGGACAUUGUGACUUCAAUUAAUGCUUCUAGUAACUAAUGCACCCAAUUGGUUUCUGUUUUCCCCAUAUGUAGAUUACACUGCUGAAUAAAAUUGAUACUUUGUUAUGUGCA